GCCUCGCCGACGUUGUCGUCGACGCCGUCGUCGACGACCUCACACCCGCAUUAUCUCAUGUACGACGAAGAUGGUGCCGCGGCGGACCAGAAGAUGGAAGAUGAGCGAGGUGUCCUCGGAGUCAACAGUAUGGUGAACGCCGAGCAGGUGGUGGCCGCUGCCGCUGGUAGUAUCCCGGUGGGAGUCGGGAUCGUGAGCGGAUCAGGUGGCGGUACCGGUAGCGGUACCGGACUAGCUGGCUAUUGGCAGCACGCGACUACCGCUCCUACCUAUUGGCCGUCGUUGUUCGACUGCUGGACGACGCCGCAGAUCGCAUCGGGCUCGCAGACGCAGCCGCGAGACGACGAUUGAGGCCAGUGAGAUUCUAUCGAAUUACGGGCGCCCUGGUUGCCCUACUCGCGUAGCGAGAUCUCGCUUCGUUUCUUCAGAUAUCGAAUGUUUGACACGACGGUCCGGCGAAGCGCGCGUCGCUAUGAGUUCGACGCGGGGGUUCCGCGCGGGAGCACAAAUAUCCGAAAGGAGCAACAGUUGACGGAGUACAAAUGUUAAGUUUCCGCCGCGACGACCAGUACUUAAUCCCCCGACUUUCUUCUUCCGAUACAUUCGAUCGGGCGGGCGUUAUUCUAUCCGUUACUCACGAUGUUGUAAAUAGAUAUACGUCUCGCGACAAAUAAACGUGUAAUAUUAUUUCAACCGGGAGAUACAGGAAGAAGUAUAUGUGCGUGUUGUUUCUUCGAAUCGUGCGACGCACGCGAAUGCGCCGAUUGUAUACGAUGCAUUCUCUUUGGUGAAUCUUUUCCGUAACGAGGAGAAAGAUCGGGAGAUUAAUUUCCGUUAAACGACGAGGGAGGAGAGAGGGAGUGAAAAGGGGAGGGGAGGGGCGCGGAAAGCAAGGGGCUGAUCAAGAUCCCACGGGGAUCACGUACUCACUAUUCUGUAGAUAUAUGUAUAGUAGACGCCGGACACUUUACGCCGGGCGUAACUGUAUACCAAAAUUGUUACAUUGCAAUGACGAUAAUAACAAUUAUUCAGCAGAAUACCAAAAUCUUGUAGGCUGUAAGUGAGCGAGCGUUGUCUAUGCGUUGUACAGUGUACGAGCAAGGAGUAUCCUAUCGAGACUAGGCAUACGUUAUAAAUAUGAAUUAGUAUAUCGUGGAAUAAUUAUAAAUAAUAUUCACACAUAUACACACAGAUAUACAUACACACAUACAUACACACAGAGUAUCUUCGGGGGGCGCGUGUAAUUGGAUUUUUGAAGUCCGUCGAUUCCUCUUCCUCUUCGUACUCUUAUCGUUCCAGCGACAGCGUUUAACUUAUAUAAUACGUAUCCCUUGAUUGCGUAAUUAGAGAAGCAUGAACGUACCAACGAAAAAUGUCCUAUUUUUAUAAGUAGCUUAUUAUUUGUUAGGCCACACAUACUCUGUGAGGAGAACAAAGCCAAAGUUAAACCCAAAUAUAUUGCGUAUGCGAAGUGAUUAAAUGGCGCGCGCGCGCGGCAGGGCCACGGAUAACUGUAUAAAUUAUGAUGUAAUAGGGGUGGGAGGGAGGAGGGGAGAGAUACGAUGCUGCGUCGGAGGGGAUUCUGACGGGGAUUGAGACGACAACACGCGAUCGCGAAUCGAUCGACUUCGAAAGUCGACAGCGAGUGGCCGACGAUCGCCGUAGAUCGAGACAUAGUCACGUAAGGUAGGCAUAAGAAACGACCGCUAUUUUGUAUGAAUCCCAAUGUCGUACAAAUGUUUCGUCGUAAUCACAUAUCCCGGUCCCUGCGGUGAGUGAUCCGUAACGUCACAGAAUGUUUUCAUUCCCGUUUGUCACCUCACUCACUACGUGUAAACGUUCCUACUGGGCGAUAUUGAGCGCCGUAAAGGCCCCGUUUGUAAUCUAGUCACAAUAAAAACCAAUUCUAUUCUAAA